GGUCUGUAGCGCCCAGCUGGAGUGCGUUUGAGAGGGCAACUUGGGCAACCCAGACCGCCCCGGGUCCUCUCAAAUGUGUGACGCCACAGCCCACAACCACCACCGCCUACGCACUCACACUCACCACAACCAACCACAGAGCUGACACCACAAACUCUGCUGGGGCUGAUGACGAUAUCGCUCUUGGUGACUUAACAGAGCAAGAGUCUAAUGCUGAGAACCAACAGGACCCUGAAGCUGUGCUGGCUACCUUUCGCAAGGAAUGGCAACGUGAACUGGAAGGUGCUCAGGUUCAGAGAGGUCUGUGCAAUGAGUCCAUGCAGCAGUCUCCCUCAAAAGCCACAGAAGUGUCCCCCAACCUUCCUAAAGGAAGUCUGAAAGCUUUGCAGAGUUCUCCUAAAAAGGACGUUGAUAGUGAUAGUGUUGGUGCAAACAUCAGUGAAGCAGGAGAGAAUAAGGAUUAUGGUGAGCCUGAUGUUGACAGCAGUGCUCAUAUGGAGGAAGUUACUCCAGAUGUUGAAACAAAGGCAGCAGAAUUGUUCAAAAAAGCUGUUGAGUUGGAGCAAAGUGGACGACUGUAUGAAGCCAUCCAGUUCUAUCGACGGGCAAUGACACUGGUGCCAGACAUAGAGUUCAGGGUCCACCAUCAGAAUGUCCUAGAGUGGAAUGAAAGUAAGUGAAUCAUAGCAUCUUUG